AUUCCAGACAAUAUUGGUUUAGUAUAUAAUUCUGACUAUUUGUAAAAUUCAUACAUCAUGUCAUUUGAAGAUACUGUUUUAACUGUUGAUUUGCAUGUUUUUUUUGUUCUGUGAUUUAUAAAUGGUUCUGAAUUAUCUGCUAACCAGUAUAUCCAUGGGUAAAUAGCUUUAUUGGCUACAAUGUAUUUAUUGCAGUGGCACGGACUAUAAACUUGAAGGUUACGGGAUAACUUUCAAACUCUUGUCUCCAUUGACUUCAAUGAUGCACUCUCACGCUUACGCAAGAGUACAGAUGUAAAUCUCACAUUCACCUGCACCUGAUGUCAUUGUCAGGGGCAUUUGUAAAUUCUGUAAAGUCCCCAGAUAGUGACAGUGCCGCUUUAACCCUGCAAUUUUAGAGAAACUGCAAUGUUUACAUUGCAAUGGUAGGACUCCCUAUAGUGGCUGUCUACCAGACAACCACUAGAUGACCUACCUGCAGUUUUAUGGAGUUUGGCUCAGUGAAACAUCCUCCAAGUUUGCAUGGACCGCCAGCAUGUUGAAAGUCACUAUAAAAAAAUUAUUACCAGCUGACCGUUGAAUAGUCAUGUAUACAUAAGCCAGAAUGUAAUAAUAAGUAGUACAUUGCUCACUUAUUAUUGUUUUAUGCUUUGUAUUAAAGGAUCACUAUAGUGUCAGGAAAACAAAGUGGUUUUCCUGACACUAUAUAAUCCUUGGUGGACCCUCACCCUCAGGGUCCUAUGGACGCUCUGCGGGAUGGAGGCAUAAUAUGCCUCCAGUGUGGCAGAUGCGCCUCUAGUGACUGUCCGGAAGACAGCCACUAGAGGCUGGCUUAACCCCAAAUGUAAACAUAGCAGUGUUUGCACCUGAAGGGUUAAAACCUGAGGGAUCUGGCAUCCAGACUACUUCAUUGAUCUGAAGUGGUCUGGGUGACUAUAGUGUCCCUCAAAGUUUGAGCAAUCAGACGUUUUUACCUUUUAUAAAUAAAAAAGAGUGCAAAGUGGGCAACUUGGGGAAAAACACCUACAAGGUCAAGCCCUGAAGACAUCACUUUUUUGCUAACGUUAUAAUGAAUAAAUCUUUUGUACCAAUAAUAAACUGAAAUAAAAAUAUUAAAGAAAUCUGUCACUGAGUUAUUUACUAUACUCUGAAAUUAAAACCAAAACUUAAAGACCAAACUUCUGGAAUAAAAGAGAAUCAUGACAUGUCACGUGUCCUUAAGGGGUUAAACUUUAAAGGCCCAAUAUAGUGCCAGGAAAACAUAUUCAUUUUCCUGGCACUAUAGUGCCCUGAGGGUCCCCCUCCUGCCGGGCUGGAUGGAGAGGAAGGGGUUAAACUUACCUCUUUCUCCAGCGCCGGGCUGGGAGCUCUCCUCCUCCUCGGCUGAAUGCGCAUGCGCUGCAGGAGCCGCGCGCGCAUUCAGCCAGUCCAUAGGAAAGCAUUCACAACGCUUUCCUAUGGACGCUGGCGUCUUCUCACUGUGAGAAGCGCCUCUAGCGGCUGUCAAUGAGACAGCCACUGGAGGCUGGAUUAACCCUAACAUAAACAUUACAGUUUCUCUGAAAUUGCUAUGUUUACAGCAGGCAGGGUUAACCCUAGCUGGACCUGGCACCCAGACUGCUCAUUAAGCUGAAGUGGUCUGGGUGCCUAGAGUGGUCCUUUAAGGUCAAACUGGCCGAUCUGAAAGAUUCCUCAUAGUGAAUAGCUUUCAGUUGGAUCCCUUUUGAAGUUCACUGUGAAUUCGCUGUAUGAAUAGCCCAGCUCUUAUUAACAGACAUUGUGUAUCCGCUCCAGCUCGGUGAUAAUAUCCGUGUCAUGCAGAAUGGCUGCGGACGGGAGCGGUAUAACGCGGUAUAACUCGGUAUAACGCGGUAUAACUCACUGGCACAGCGCGUCCUGUUCUCACACACACACACACUCACGGACUCUCCUCCCACCAUGCUCUGUCCUGGCCACUUCCUGUUCCCGGCGUGCACCGGGCCUCCCCCUUCCCGGCGUGCCCUGCGCGGUGUGGCUGCUCUCUCUCUGUGUGAGGCUGGUGCUGGUGCUGGCGCUGUGGAGGCCGAGGCUGAUGCUUGUAGACGGUGUUGGGGGACUCGGAGCCGGUCACAAUGCAGGAGCUUAUCGCCUGUGUGGAUCACAUCCGGUUCGACCUGGAGCUCGCUGUGGAACAGCAGCUGGGGGCCCAACCGCUCCCCUUCCCGGGAAUGGACAGUAUGUAUCCGGACUGUGACUGUACCCAGGGCCGAGCCUGCAGCCUCUCUCUAUACACACACACACACACACAUCGGGAGAGCACACUGCUCACACUGCCUUGGCCUGCUGGCUGCGCUCCCCGGCUGCUGGCUGGGUAUUGGGAGUUGCGCUCCCCGGCUGCUGGCUGGGUGUUGGGAGUUGCGCUCCCCGGCUGCUGGCUGGGUGUUGGGAGUUGCGCUCCCCGGCUGCUGGCUGGGUGUUGGGAGUUGCGCUCCCCGGCUGCUGGCUGGGUGUUGGGAGUUGCGCUCCCCGGCUGCUGGCUGGGUGUUGGGAGUUGCGCUCCCCGGCUGCUGGCUGGGUGUUGGGAGUUGCGCUCCCCGGCUGCUGGCUGGGGGUUGGGAGUUGCGCUCCCCGGCUGCUGGCUGGGUGUUGGGAGUUUGCGCUCCCCGGCUGCUGGCUGGGUGUUGGGAGUUGCGCUCCCCGGCUGCUGGCUGGGUGUUGGGAGUUGCGCUCCCCGGCUGCUGGCUGGGUGUUGGGAGUUGCGCUCCCCGGCUGCUGGCUGGGUGUUGGGAGUUGCGCUCCCCGGCUGCUGGCUGGGUGUUGGGAGUUGCGCUUCACGGCUGCUGGGUUUUGUGAGUCGCAGAAUAUUGGUAUUCACACUUUACAGUUGCUGGCUGAAUGUUGAGAGUUGUAUGAUUGCUGUGGAUUGUCAGAGAGUUAACUAAUGGUGUUUCAUCAUGGUAACAAACUGCUAACUUUUACAAAUAGUGCUCUCAAUCAAACUUAAAGGACCACUAUAGGCACCCAGACUACUUCAGCUCAGUUGAAGUGGUCUGGGUGCCAGGUCCAUCUAGGGUUAACCCUGCAGCUGUAAACUGUUUACAUUAGGGUUAAUCCAGCCUCUAGUGGCUCUCAUUGAAAAUCAGUGAGAAGACGCUGACGUCCAUAGGAAAGCAUUGAGAAAUGCUUUCCUAUGGACUGAUUAAAUGCGUGCGCGGCUCUUACCGCGCAUGCGCAUUCAGCGCUGACAUCGGAAGAGGGAGGGAGCCCGGCUCUGGAGAAAGGUAAGUUAUUAACCCCUUCCUCCCCCUUCAGCCUGGCGGGAAUGGGACCCAGGGGGGAGGUGGAGGGGGGAGGAGAACCUAAAGACCCUACAGUGCCAGGUAAACGAGUUUGUUUUCCUGGCACUAUUGCGGUCCUUUAAAGGGAUUCUAUAGUCACCAAAACAGCUUUAGCUUAAUGAAACAUUUUGGAGGUAUAGAUCUUGCCACUGAAGACUCACUGUUCACUUCACUGCCGUUUAGGUGUUCAACCACUUUUGUUUCUGUCCAUGCAACCCUUGCCACACACACCCAUUAGCUGUGACUGACACAGCUUGCAUGGAAACGAAAAUGGUUUCAUUUUUAUCAGAUGUUAACUUACUUUAGAAGUUUUUACAUCCUGCUCUGUAAAUUGAACUUUAGUAACAGUGCAGAAGAUAAGAAAUUCUAAAUUAAACAGAAUUUGAAAUAAAGGAAGUUUAAACAGACUCUGUACAGGAAGUGUUUAGGAAGGCUUUGCACCUUACAUGCAGGAGGUGUAAUGAAGGCUGCAUAGGUGUUUUAACUGGAAAAAAAAAAUAACAGAGAAUUGAGCAGUGAGACGGCAGGGGCAUGAACAGGUUCAGAAAAGUGUAAGUGCGAUACUUUUUUUUUUUUUUUUUCCUGCCCUUUUGCUGUAAAAUGUACUACACUAUAUUUGUAUUCCUGUCCCCUUUUUUAAUCUUUUAUACUGCUCUAUUGGAUUCUGAAACCUGUAAAGCACUGCUUCCCUACAUUCCCUACAUUCCCUUUUCUAUUCUCACCUACGACCAGAAGGAAGAGACUCUAGUUUGAGAAGUUCGAGCUGCUACAUAAACAAAAAGGAAGCGCCAGAAAUCUAAUUUAUUAUAUUUUGUACACUAAAACUGCUUCAUUAAACUGCAUUUAUUUUGUUGACUAUAGUGCCCUUUUAAAUUGAUCAAUGAUGGCUAAGUUUUGGCAUUAAAACAUGUAAGUAUUUUACACGUGAUUCCCUGCCAUCCUUUGUCAAGAUCACUUUUUAUUUGAUAUUAGGCAAAAAAUAUAUACAAUGCCACUAUAACCCAAUUCAUAAUCGAAAUAGCGGAUUAAUGGAAUACUCCAAGCACCAUAACCACUAGAGCCCACUGUAGUGGUUGUGGUACCUGGGUUGAGUUAUACCACUUGUUAACAGCUUGACAGUUUACCUGGGGUCCAGUGGGCGUCUGUUUUUUCUUCUUCUCGGCCUAGAAGCAGCACCUCUGAGCUAAGUACAGCAGUGUAGGCCCUAGCUCACCUGCUGAGCCAAUAAGCUGGCAUUGCAGAACUUUCAGUUAAGCAACUCUGUCCUUAAAUUUGAAUUUGAUUUUAAAUUCUCAUUUUAGUGAAUAACCCUGUUAGUGUUGUGGUAGACUUCUCUGCUUCCUUUGCAAAUCAUCCAGCAUCCUGAUUCCUGACUGAUAGUGUCAGAAUGCGAUUUGACCUCACACCUCCUGGCAACACACUGACUGUAUACAUUGCUCUGCAGUACAAGAGUGUGGAUGAGCUGUGUUUUUGCUGUCAGUUUACUUAGACAGCUCUUCUUCUCUCUAUAUGUCAUGUAAAGAGCUGUUGACCUAACUCUGGCCCCCUAGAUGUUGCUGAACUACAACACCCAUGAUUCUUUGAAUUACAUAGAUAGCCAGAGAAUCGUGGGAGUUGUAGUUCAGCAACAUCUGGGGGGAAGGGGUGGAGUUUGAGGACCACUGACCUAGAGUAUCCUUGCCAUCCUCAACACUCAUAGACGUGACGGGAUGUGCCUUGCUCUAACUGCUGGAGGAUAGAUGGUCUUACUGAUUCAAUAAAAAUACAGAUCUUAUUUACGAGUUGCAUAUAAGAAAACAUACUAAAUGUAAUUUUCUGAUGCAACAGACUUCAAAGAAGAGGAAAUAUCAGCUUAAGAAUAUAGUAAUUAAAGUUAAAGAACAGUGCUGGAGUUAGUUAGAAAGCUGAAUGAUGAAACAAAAUCUAUGCAUUUUUAAGCAUGACUAGACAUGAUUUGAAGCAUAGUUAACUGGUUAUUUUGUUCAGUGAGGUUUUUGUUGUGCUGUUUGUAUGUAGGUGUACCACAAUGUCUCUUUUACCAUGAGAGCUAUUUUGUAGUAUUUCUUAUGUAUAAUGUUUUUCUUUUGCAGAAUCUGGUGCUGCUGUCUGUGAGUUCUUCCUUAAGUCAGCAUGUGUAAAAGGUAAUUAAGACAAUGCUGAUUUAUGUGCAACUGGUAUUAUUACUGGACCUUUGACGCUCAUGGAUUUUUAUGCUCCGGGCCACGGGUUAAAUGAAUAUUAAUGGUUAAAGAAUAAAAUUGAUAUUUAAAUAGUCCUGCUUUUCCCACUUAUGGUAGUAGCAUUUCUUUUUAGUCCUUGUGCUUAAAGGUGCUGUAUAUACACAAUAAUAACGAGUUUCCACAUUAUAAUGGUACCAUUCCCCAGUUCUUGUUCAAACUGAUUUUGAUAUGUAGAGAAUCAGAUUCCACCCUUUCAUUAUACAGGCCAAGUGCCUCUCAAAUUGGUGGCGUGAACAUUAUUAUUUUUUUUUUUUUUAAAUCUUAAAUGGAGCAUUGUACCUGCAUUCUUUUCCCAAAGGCAUCUGAUUCCACAGUACAUCAGUACAUCUGCCUGAUUCCACAAUGUUCAUCAAGCAGGAGAGGAGGAGGAAGAUUAUACUGUCCUUAAACUCUGUCCUCUGUGGGGAAGUGUUCAUUUUGGGUCCCAUUUUUCUUCUUUGUACAAUUUCUUCUUGGAGAGAGUACAAAGUGAAGGCCUGUGGAAGGUCUCUACAAGUAAAUUUAUGAAUGUGUGUUGAGAGAGCAUUGAGUGAAAUGAUACUGCAAAAGGUGACGGGAAAAGGCAAGAUAUAGCAACAGAAGUGGUUUGAAGCACUACCUUUUGCCAUUUUUUGCCCUAUCAGCACAUAAACAUGACAAGGUAGUCCCCACUGCGUUUUUAAUUGCUAUGGAUUUUAAGUCUUAUUGAGCGUUCAUAAAAAAAACCUCAAAAGUAAUAGUCCUGUUUUAAUUACAAAUUAAGAAUUUAUUUACAGACCAUUAUUUGAACUUCCCUAGUACUAAUUAUUUUUCUAUGUGGUUUCUGAUAUUUUGAUUUAGGAGGGAUGUGCCCUUUUCGACACAUCAGCGGGGAGAAGACGGUGGUUUGUAAACAUUGGUUGCGUGGUCUGUGCAAGAAAGGUGACCAGUGUGAAUUUCUCCAUGAAUAUGACAUGACCAAGAUGCCAGAGUGUUACUUCUACUCUAAAUUCGGUAAGUGAUGUAGAUUAUUCCAUGCAGCAAUUAUGAUUACUGUACUUACAUGUUUAAAGCUUAUUUCUGUGUAUUACAGCAUAUAAGGUGUACGAUUUAAAAACAAAACAAAAAUGCUUCCAAUCAAAAAUUUCCGUUUUCUCCAUAUCCGGGGAAAACUUCUGCUUGCUCCGUCACAAAAUAGUUAACCUUUUUCUUCUUAUGUGACAGUAAAACGCACUAAUACAUGAGCUAGUUGGCACUGCUGGUAGCCUUACUUAAAGGAUUAUUCCAAGCACCCUGACCACUUCUGCAAAUUACAUCUGUUGUCAGCGCGCAUUGCCGCUGGGGACAAACAUAAUAAUUUUCUACCUUAUUUGUAGCAUACUUUGAUGUUGCUGGAGACACACAGUUUCAAAACCAUUGCUCUGGAUGAUUUUAAUUGCAAGAAAUUUUUCUGUAUUUGCAGAUUUAUGUGGGAAGGUGGCAGCAAUUAAUCAAACUAACCUGUUUUUUUUUUAAUUUUUUUACAUCUGACAGCAGAAUGCAGUAACAAAGAAUGUCCAUUUCUACACAUUGAUCCAGAAUCAAAGAUCAAAGAUUGUCCUUGGUAUGAUCGUGGCUUCUGUAAACAUGGUAAGAAUGGAUGUUUGUAAAAUUCUGCAACAUAACUUUGCAUUCAUCUUUAACUUGUCAAACACUGAACGUGUGUGUGUAUAUAUGUGUGUGUGUGUGUGUGUAUAUAUAUAUAUAUAUAUAUAUAUAUAAUAUGUGUGUGUGUGUGGAUAAUAUAUAUUAAUAUUUUGUCACUUUUCUAGGCCCUCUUUGUAGGCACCGACACACACGCAGGGUCAUUUGUGUCAACUACCUUGUGGGAUUCUGUCUGGAGGGUCCUAACUGUAAAUUCAUGCAGUGAGUAUCAUUUAUUUUUAUGACUUUCUCUAUGCUCUGUUGAUAUUCCUGGGUACUUGGCAUAAGUAUGUUUGCAGACAUGUUUCAGUAGUACCACGUUUACCACCACAACAUUUCUAGUAGCAUGAAUAUUGCUCAUUGUCAUAUUUAUUUUUCAUUAUAAAAAAAACAAAACAAUCUGUAUAAUUCUCAUAAGGUUGUGUUGUAUUGGGCAUUUAGAUCCUUUUUAUAAUUAAUUUUGUGCUACUGUACCCCAUGGAUUAUACAUUGAUCAGCCACAACAUUAAAACCACUGACCGGUGAAAUGACUAGGUGGGAUGUAUUGUGCAGCAAGUGGACCUCCAGUUCUUGAUUUCAUGUGUUAGAAGCAGAAAGAUCUGAGUGACUUUGACAAUAUCCAAAUAGUGAGGCGACUGGGACAGAGUAUCCUCUAAACGGCAAGUUAUUUGGGGUGUUUAAAGUGUGCAGUAGCUAGGAACUAACAAAAGUGGUGCAAGGAAAGAUGACCGGUGAACUGGCAUGAGGGUCAUUUUUGCCCAAGGCUUCAUUGAUGCACGUUGGAAACAAAGGCUAACGCUUAUGGUCUGAUCACCCUGAAGAGCUUCUUAAGCUCAAAUUGCUGAAAAACGUAAUCCUGGCCAUGAUAGAAAGGUGUGAGAACACAAAGGGUACCGCAGUUUGCUGCAGCUGUUUAGCCAUGAUGACCCAUGUCCACCACUGAAAGCGCCUUCAAUGAGAACGAGAGCAUCACAAAUGGAAGAUGGAGCAAUAGAAGAAGGUUGCCUUGUCUGGUGAAUCACAUUUUCUUUUAGAUCAGUUGGAGGAGAUGGUAACAGGAAGAAGGCAGGCAAGUGGAGGCGAUGUUAUGCUCUGGGCAAUGUCUUGCUGGGAAACCUUGGGUCCUGGCAUUCAUGUGGGUGUUACUUGGACACAUACCACCUAGAGAUUGUUGCAGACCAUGUACACCCCUUCAUGGCAAUAGUCUUCCCCAAUGGCAGUGGCCUUUGGAGCAGGAUUUUGUGCCCUGCCACACUACACAAAUUAAUCAGUAAUGGUUUGAGGAACAUGACAAAGAAUUGAUGGUGUUGCCUUGGCCUCCAAAUUUCCCAGAUCUCAAUCCAAUUGAGCAUCUGUAGAAUUUGCUGGAACAACAAAUCCGAUCCAUAGAUACUCCACCUUGCUGCUAAUGCCUUGGUGCCAGUUACCACAGGGCACGUUCAGAGGUCUUGUGAAGUCCAUGCCUUGAAAGUAUCAGAGCUGUUUUGGCAGCAUGAAGGGAGACAUUCACUAUGCUAGGCCAGUGGUUUUAAUGUUGUGGCUUUGUCACAGUAGCUGCUGAAUUAUCCAUAUUUUGUAGAAUAAAUCUCUACGUACAACACACUUUAUAACUCUGAAGCAUCUCUUCAUGUAGUAUACAGAUUACAAAGGGACCGGAAAUAAUAAAUAACAUAGAAUGCAUAUAUUUGUAUGAAGAAUGAUCACCUUUGCAGAAAAGUUUAAAUCCUAUCAAGGACCAAAUGUGUGCUUGAUUAUUUUUGGCAUUUAUAUAGCGCCAACUUAUUCACCAGCAGUUUAGAAUAUUUUAAAAAGGGGACAUUUAACAAUAAAUGAGACAGUUACAAUAUGUACGAACAAAGGAACAAUAGGUUGAUGAGGAUCCUGCUUGUAAGCAAAAGUGAUUAUGCUGUCACUUUUGUGAUCACUAAAAUUACAAAAGUAUUUACAUUUUUGCAUAUAGAUUUUUCUCCGAACUUUGUUACAUAUAAUUGUAAACCUUUGUUUUAUAUGCUUUUAAUAGUAAGUGAAAGUCUCUUUGUAUUUUUGCAGUCCGCGGUUUGAAUUGCCUAUGGGCACUACGGAGCAGCCCCCUCUACCUCAGCAAACGCAGAUCCAGCAAAAGGUAUUCCUUUAUUUCAGGCAUCUCACACACCUAUCUGUUUGGAAUUUUGUUCUGUUUCUUUGACUACUUUUUAUUCCUACAGCAAAAUAACAACCAGGUGUUACAGAGAUCAUCCUCCCUCAUUCAGUUAACAAGCCAGAACUCGCCUGUCAGUGUGCAGCGUUCUCCUCAGACUAUUGGUGUCAUGCAGCACCAAAGCAACAACAUGGGUAAUAGAGGCCCAAGACCUCUGGACCAGGUUACUUGCUAUAAGGUCAGUAUGAUUUUGAAGUAGUUGAAUGCUUAUAUUUGUGUUCUGUCCUGCAUUGCUCCUUUGUCUUUCUUAGUCACAGUGAUUGAGAGAGAAUGACUGACAGUGUUGGGUUAAAGGAAAUCUCUAGCUCAGUGUAGUGGUUAUGGUACUGGGAGUGCCCUGAUGCCCCUGUGCAUUCAAAAAGUAUUCGGAUCCUUUCAUUUUUUUUUUAUGUUGCAGCCUUAUGCUAAAAUUAUUAAACUUGAAGGGCAACUGUCACCUCAAAUUUUUUUUUAAUGUUUUGAGAUGACUGUUGUUCUUGUUUAUUUUUCACAUCAAUCUACCCUCAAUACUCCACAAUUACACAGCAGAUUUUUGACACCAUUGCAAAUAUAUUAAACAGAAAAACAAUGAAAUAUCACAUAGACAAUAAUAUUCAGACCCUUAACCCAGCAGUUAGUUAAAGCACCUUCGGCAACGAUUACAUCCUCAAGUCUUUUGGGUAUGAUGAGACAAGCUUUUCAUACCUGGAUUUGUGUAGUUUUCCCCAUUUUUCUCUGCAGAUCCUCUCAAGUUCUGUCAGUUUGGAUUCGCACAGUCUCUGGCAAGCCAUUUUUAGGUCUCUCAAGAGAUGUUCGCUUGUGUUAAAGUCUGGGCUCUGGCUGGGCAGCUCAAGGACAUUCACAAAUUGUCUCCAAGCCACUCUUGUAUUGUCUUGGAUGUGUGCUUAGUGUAAUUGUUCUAGUUCCAGUCUAAGGCCCUGAGCGCUCUGGGACAGGUUUUCAUUUAGAGUAUCUUUGUAUUUUGCUGUGUUUAGCUUUCCCUGAAUCCUUACUAGUCUCCCAGUCCUACAGCUGAAGUCCCCCCCACCCCCACCCCCCCCAAAGCAUGAUACUAUCACCAUACUUCAUUAUUUGCUUGGUAUUGCAUAGGUGAUGAGCGGUGCCUGGUUUCCUCCAGACAUGACUCUUAGAAUUGAUGACAAAUUGUUCAAUCUUUGUUUCAUCAGAGCAGAGAAUCUUGUUUCUUACAGUCAGUCAUUUAAAGGGAUUCUAUAGUAUACGGCAUACAAAGCUGUCUCACAGUGGUUUUGAUAAAUAUAUUUUUUUUAAGAAUGCAGUUGAUGAGAUUUAUCCAGCAAACAAAUGGAAUGGUGUGGUCUAGUGUGUAAAGUAUGUAUGUAACCCUGUACAGCAGUGUAAUGCUCAUACAGCCAUAAUGCUAGCAAACAUCAGGGGAGGUGUAGUCCAUAAUACUGUAAUUCCAAAGGGUGCCUACCCCAUCUCUAGGUAAUAUGCAGUGCAACUGCAGUUGUAGUUUUCCUAAUCCGCUCAAUAAGCUAAUCGCAGCUAUGCACAAAAAUAAUUAAACUGGGCAUUCUCUUGGGAUGAACAAGAAACCUUUCUGGAGACUUGCAGGUACAAAAUAUGCCUUUUUUCUAUCCAAGUUUUGUAGCAAAACAGAGCCCUGUUCACAUCUUACAAAGUAUUUAUAUUUAUAUGGUAAUCUAGGGUAAAAAACAUUGAGUUUAACCUUUUAUAUCACACAAUUAAUGCUCUUGACCCAAAAGAAGGCAAAUCACUAAUAAUCUCCUAAAUGUUAUCCUCUUAAGGACGCAGCUUCAGAAGAUGGACUUACACUUAAAGGACCACUAUAGUGCCAGGAAAACAGUCUCCUGGCACUAUAGGAUCUUUAGGUCCCCCCCCACCCUCAGGGUCCCACUCCUGCUGGGCUCAAGGGGUUAAACACUUACCUUUCUCCAGCGCCGGACUCCCUCUGCGCUGGGGAACUCUCCUCCCUCUGCCGACGUCAGCACCAAAUGCGCAGGCAAGAACCGCGUGCAUGCAUUCAAACAAUCCAUAGGAAAGCAUUUCUCAAUGCUUUCCUAUGGAUGUCCAGCGUCUUCUCACUGUGAUUUUCACAGUGAGAAGCGCCUCUAGUGGCUGUCAAUGAGACACUAGAGGCUGGAUUAACCCUAGUGUAAACAUAGCAGUUUCUCUGAAACUGCUGUGUUUACAGCUUGCAGGGUUAACCCUAGAUGGACCUGGCACCCAGACCACUUCAUUGAGCUGAAGUGGUCCUUUAACGACACAAGUAAUGUUUGCAUAUUUUUGCUAUUUGUGUUCAACUGCAAUUUGCAUCUUUCUCGUUUAUUGCACCAACACAUUACAUUACUUUUUUUUUUUUUUUGCCGUGCAUAUGAAAAUACAACACGCAUGGGGUACCCCAACGGCAAUCCUCAUGCUUUUGUUUUAAAGACAUUUAUAAUUGUAUACCUUUUUUAAGGGACAAAAGGGGCUUUAAUUUGAUGUGGCAAAUACAUAUAUAAAUAUGUAUUUAUUAUUACAUACCAAAAGAGUUGUGGUGGAUGCAAGUGGAUAGUUAAUACAUUGCCAAAUACUUGCUUUUGCCACAGAAAUCUCACUUUAACAGUGCUCUCACUACUGCAAAGGAUUCUGGGUAGGCAUAUUUACUGAUGUGUGUAUUUGUGUUUAGCUAUCCACUUCAGGUGGAAGGGGUUUUCAUCCCAAUUUUUUUUCCCACCACAACUUUUGGUAUGUACUUUACAAGUAACUUCAAGCCUCCACAGCAAGCAAGUAAGUCUGCCCUAGACAGCCACUGGGGGCGCUUCUGGAAUCCAAACGGACCUUUGGUCCAUUAUCUCACGCUCUGCAUGAAGACCUCCAUUGUCAGAUUUUCCCCAUAGGAAAUCAUUUAAUAAAGCUUUCUUAUGGGGAAGUCUAUUGUGCGCGCGGCCUUUGCUGCGCAUGCACAUUAGGUCUUCCCCACCAGCUGACAUCGGCAUGGGAGGAGCCUGACCAGCGCCAAGUUACAUCGGCGCUGGCUUCAGGUAAGUGGCAGAAGGGGUUUUACCCUUUUAGCCCCAUGGUAGGGAGGGGUGGACCUAUUAAACCUACAGUGCCAGGAAAACAGCUUUGUUUUCUUGGCACUAUAGAAUCCCUUAAUAAUAAAUCUAAUACUUAAUCUAAAUCAAAUCAUUAUCCUUAAAUUAAUUAUAAUCCCUAAGAUUCCCCAAUGCUAAUAUCAGUUCUGAUAUUUGUAAAGUGAUUCUACACUCAAGAAGACAGUGGUACGUUGCUGCCAUCUACUGGCUAUUUUCAGUAUUGCUGUCUUCUAUCUCUAAUACUAAAGACAUUAUGCUCAAUGCAUUGUGAUCAGUGCUGGGCAACUGAAAAAACCCAGCACUGAUCAGAGUGGCAUUGGGGCAUAGAGAGUGACCCUCCAGGGUCUGUUCAGACCUUGUAGGUUUCCCCAGCACCAUAUCAACUGAGAAAAUCACUCUAGCUGAGCCUGCUAGCUCAGCUGCAAUGUUCUCUAUGGAGUUAAAGGGCUACAUGCAGUGCUGGCUUUCAGCACUGCAUGCAGCUCAUCAAAACAUCUGUGGCCCCAUCUGACAGAGGGGAGCCCCGGGUUUCUAAUAAUAAUUGGGUAUUCUGGUGUGAACAGGGAUUUAAUCCUGCUCACCCUGUGAUCUAGAUAUAGGCAUAUAUAUGCCUAUUUAAGCAGCUACAUGCCGUGCUGACUUCCAGCAGGCAUCUAGCUCCUCAAAAAGUCAGGGGCCACUAAAAAUGGCCCCAGCUGAUACAUUAAUACCUGGGACUCCCUGGUGUGAGCAGGGCUUUAACCCUGCUCACAUCACAUUAUACCAGCGGGGAUUUAAAUGCCUGUUUGCAGUGCUGUCUUUGAGCUCUGCAAACAGAGCAUCGGUCAGUCUGGGACCACUAAUUCUGGCCCCAUGUGACAGAGGGGAGUCUCAGGAAUCAAAUGAUACCUGUGGUUCCCAGUUACCAACAGGGAAACAGUCACUGUUGGAAAAAUACUGCAUGCCAGAAAGGGGUUAAAGGAAAAACAUGAAAUAUCAAUAAUAAAAGAAAAAAAUUCUACAAGUUGAAAAAUAUAACUAUAAACUAAAAAAAACAAAACAAUAAGGUCCAAUUGUAAAAGUAAUUACAGUGUAGUUGAUCUAAGCUGCACCGUUAGAGGGUGGGGGGAGGUUUAGAAUUGUCAUAAUAACCCUGAACAUGGAUAAUGUCAGAUAUAAAAUGUUAACCUGCUAUGAGAAAACAGAAUAAAUAGCAUACAUUACAAAAGAAGUGAGAGAAACACUUUAGACUAGAGCAAGGGUUCCCAACCCAGUCCUCAAGUACCCCCUAACAGUCCAAGAUUUAGGGAUUACCCUGUUGUGUCAAAAGUGUUUUUAGAAGAAUUUAAAAAAAACACCUUAGACACAACUGGGUAAUUUCUAAAUCCUGGACUGUUAGGGGGUACUUGAGGACUGGGUCUGGACUAGAGCUAUGUAAAUAGAGAAUGACUGUUCUAAAUAUUCUCCUAAGACCUAGCCCAUUAACAUGUGUCCUUUGUACUGGACCUUUAGUUCACAUGCAUCUCCUUUUAUUCUUUUGAGCUACUCUAUCAAUCCCUGCUGUAUUGUAAAGAGGACAUCCUGGGCUUUCCAGUGAUUUGUCAUGUUAUAGGCUAGGAUUCUGGGAGCUUCCUCUUCCUUUUAAUAACAAAUGGAUGGCAUAGCAACACCAAAUUAAUGGGCUGGGUUUCAGGAGGAUAUAAAUAUUGUUUGACAGCCAUACGCUGUUCGUUAAAACAAAUAUUUUUUCUCAUUCAAUUGUAAAUGUGUUAAUUCCCCACAAAAUAUGGCACUGUACAUACCUUACAUGUUAAUUAAUAAUUCAGAGAUCUUAACAGAAAAUACCCUUAAAGGGACACUAGUCAACAGAACAACUGCAGCUUAUUGUAGUUGUUCUGGUGUCUAUACCAUGUCCCUGCAGGGUUUUUGCAGUAAACACUGAAUUUUCAGAGAAAAUGGUAGUCUACAAUCUAUGGAUCCCUCCACUGGCCACUCCUCAGAUGGCUACUACAGGUGUUUCCUUGGGCAGUGCUGCACAGUGUCUCCACCCUCUGCAUGAAGACACUGAAGUUUCCUCAUAGACUUGCAUUGAUUGGCCAGGGAGGCUUUUGGCUGCAAGCCUGCCUGUUUGGCUGAGAUCAUCAGAAUUGACAAUCUCAGCCAAUCCAAUACUUUCCUAGAAGAAAGCAUUGUGGUUGGCUGAGAUCAUCAUCACCAUCACUUCUGAUUAUGUCAGGUUUGUCUGCAAAAAAAAAAAGGGGAAAAAAACAUCUUUUGAGGUCCGUGAAAGAGGGGGCAGUUUUAAACUGAAGCCUUUGUACUGAGCUACGGGAUUUGCUGGUGCUUUAUAAGUAAUAUAAUGAUUUGUGUUUUAGCCAAUUUUUGCAGUGCUAAGCUACUGUGUCCAGUAACAUGGCAUGCAUUUCCUUGCAUUCUUUUCUAUGAGCAUAGGUUUUUAAAGGGACAGUAAACACCAAAACAACUCUAGCUUAAUGAGGCAGUUUUUGUGUCCCUGAAGUUUCACUGCUCAAUUCACUACCAUUUAGGAGUUAAAUCACUUUUGUUUCUGUUUAUGCAGCCCUAGCCACACCUUUUCUGGCUGAGAAUGGAAGGGAUAUCCUUUGUAAAAUGUAUUUAGAAUCCUAAAUAGCCGAGUGGGCAGAGCUUACCCUAUUGUGAUUCUGCUAUGGAUUAGCCAGGAAAAAAUGGUUUCAUUUUUAAUCAGAUGUUGAUUUGCUUAAAAUGUUUUUAUCUCCUGCUCAGUAAAUCGAACUUGAAAUACGUACAGGAGGCUCCUGCAGGGUCUAGCAAGCGAAUACCAGAGCAGGAGAUAGGAAAUUCUAAACUAAACAGAAUUUGCAAUAAUGGAAGUGUAAACAUUAGAUGACUCUCUUUACAGGAAGUGUUUAGAAAGGCUGUGUAAGUCACAUGCACGGAGGUGUACAUAGGGUUGCAUAAACACAGUGGUUUAACUCUUAAAUUUCAGAGAAUUGAGCAGUAAGAUUACAGGGGGUAUGAUCUAUACACCAAAACUGUUUAAUUACGCUAAAGUUGUUUUGGUGACUAUUGUGUCCCUUUUUAGAGUGAUUCUUUAAAAGCUGUAGGGAUACAUAUGUAUGUAUAAGUUUUGUAUUUGUAAGUAGUGUGUGAAUAUGAUAGAGAUGCGGUAAAAAUAAAAAUAAAUCUUUUUUUUUUUUUUUUUUGUCUUACAGUGCGGUGAGAAAGGACACUACGCUAACAGAUGUACAAAAGGUCACCUUGCAUUCCUGAGUGGGCAGUAACUCACAAACUGUGUUUGGAUGAUUUAAAAAAACUGAGAUCUUUAAAGAUAUUGUGGGCGGAUAAUUUCACUUUUUUUUUUAUCAAUUAGUUUGUUUUUUAAUUUGUCUUUUGAAUUCAGGAUUUUUCCUGAUUUUGAUGUAAAUAUGAGUGAUUCUAAUGUUUUGUUCAGAACUGUUUAUAAAGAUUCUCCUCCUGUGCUGAGAAAUAUUGGCAGUAAAUUAGUUUUGCCAAUUAUUUUUUUAAAUAAAUAAUGUAAAUUCUU